ACAGACCAUCGAUUUUUUUUUUUUUUCCAGGUUUGGUCGCAACGGUAUUUUUUAAGACCUAAGCAGAUCCGCUCAUGCAGCCUGGUAGAAAUGUUCGCGGCUGUAGUGUGAUCUGAUCGGCCUGGUAUAUUUUAAAGAUAGCAGAGACCAUGAAGGAAGUGGAAUGUGUCCGCCAGAACAGCUCUGAAAGUCUGCUUUUCGAGGACGAAGUGCAGAUGAAACAGCCCGGCGUCCAUGAGGAUGAUGGUAGAAUCGAUUCAGUUGAUGAUCGGCAGCUGUUGGUGAUUAAAGAAGAGCGCCCCUUUGAGUGGAGCUACAGUGAUGACGAGCAGGACACAGAGCCCUUCCACAUGAAGGAGGAGAAGGAGGAACUCUGGACCGAUCAGGAGGGAGAGGAGGAUCUCUCCAGCUUUCCCCUAAACGUUAUCGUGAAGAGUGAAGAUGAAGAAGAGGAGGAGGAAUAUCAGUCUUCACAGCUUUAUCACAGGCAAACUGAACACAACAGAGAGAAAGAACCUCUGAGCUGCAGCUCAGUUCAGUUUAUAAAAACAGAGCCAGUUGACGACGACUAUUCUGGACCAGAAUCUACGGUAAAGCCGGGUCUACUCAGUUACUUUAAGAUAAAACCUGCCGGAAACGCUUCUGACUCCUCUGAGACUGAGGUCAGCGACGAUGGUGAUGAUGGCUGGCAGGAACCACUGCCUGAUUUGGGAGCAGAAAUUGGACUUAACGGUUUAAAGGAGGGCAAAGCGCCUGAUUCAGGUGACACAGCCAAGGCACUGUACAGCUGCUUUGAGUGUGAUAAACAGUAUUUCUACAAGCAGUCCCUCCACAGGCACAUGAAGUGUCAUUCCUCCGGUUCGGGUAACACAAAACCCUGCAGUGGGCAGGAAAGCGCUGAGUCAGACCCGGUAGUGGCGAAGAAAGAGAAAGUGUUCAUUUGUGACGUCUGUGGGCAUGGGUUUAACCAAAGGACAAAUCUUACCACGCACAGGAGAGUCCACACGGGGGAGAAACCAUUCAGUUGCGAUGACUGUGGCAAAAGAUUUAACCAGCGAGGCAACCUGCGCAAUCACAGGCGGAUCCACACAGGAGAGCGGCCGUUCAUAUGUGACUUCUGUGGCGAGAGGUUCAGGAAUCAGGGGAUUCUCCAGGCGCACAUGAGGGUCCACACCGGAGAGAAGCCUUUCGUUUGUGGCGUCUGUGGCAGGAAGUUUUCCCGCAAGACGCAUUUUGAGACCCACAUGAGAGUCCACACGGGAGAAAGGCCGUUUAGCUGUGGCAUCUGUGGGAAAGACUUUCGCCACAAGCUACAUUACCAGGAGCACAUCAGGGUCCACACCGGCGAGCUGCCGUUUCCCUGUGAGGUUUGUGGGAAAAAAUUUCGACUUCAGUGUAAUCUAAAGAGACACUUGAGAGUUCACACGGGCGAAAAGCCCUUCAGCUGCGACGAAUGCGGAAAGACGUUCAGCUGCAAAUCCCAUCUGAAACGGCACACGAAGGUUCACACGGGGGCGCGUCCCUUCUCCUGCGAGAUCUGUGGGGAUACGUUCGCAGAACCGGGAGCUGUGAGGAGCCACAUCCUUGUCCACACGGGAGAGAAGCCGUUCGAGUGCGACACUUGUGGGAAAACGUUCAGACAGAAAAGCACGCUGACGAGACACAAGGUCGUCCACACGGGAGAGAAACCAUACUGCUGUGCUCUGUGUGGCGCACGAUUCACACAGCAGUGUAAUCUAAAAACCCACAUGAGACUCCACACAAGAUGAAGCAGGAUUUUUCUCAAUAAAUCCAGCUUUAAACCAACAUGUUCAUAUGUGGACCUUCUUGUCCGGCUCAUAUCAGUGUGUUUACAGUGAUAAGUAAGUACUUAUGUUUUCUGAUUAACUUUAGGAGAGUAGCUGACUGAAACUGUAAGGAGUGAAGUUCCCGUGCACCUGAGAACACUCUCCUGUUUUACAUCUUCAACCAAAGCCCAGAACUGCUUAGUUUUAAAACAUCUUCAGUUUCCAUUGUCCUGCCUCCUCUUUCAAUCUGAAGACUGACUGAAGAGGAGGAAUCAGUGACGUAAGAACCUGCGAUAAUAAACCUGAGCUAUUGAGGAACCCUGCAGGGAGGAAAACCUUUGGAGCGGUGCAUGGAGAUGAAAAGCUGUGUGCUCCUGAGGUCUGAUUUUUCCAUGUAACGUGUAAACAGGAGGAUUGCUGUUUACACGUUAUUCCUUAUUGGAGGAUUGUCCUACUGUGGAAACGAGAUCAACUAAGUAUUACUGGAAAGUGACUGGUUUAAAAUGUAAACAUUGUUUCUUCCCGUCAGUGGAAGGUGCUCUGCGGUGAAGGACAUGGGUAAUGUGCUGAUAUAUACAAAUGAAAGAAAUUGUAAUUACAGUUUAUGACCCACAACUCAUACUGUGCUCAACUCGGCCAGUAGCUGGUAUGUUGAAUGUCCUCUGCCAUGGACACCGCUUUAAACAGACUGUCCUCUGUAAUACGACCACACUUACAAGUCAACGAUCUUUGCUCAUAGCAAGACGGCACAAACAUGAAUUUAAAAUGGUGUGAAGGUAUUACUAUAAAUAACACUUUUUGAAAAGAAAAAGCCCUUUGAUCUUUUGAUACCAGUUUGUAUUUAUUAACUGAUGCCUCUCUGGUAUGUUAUCUUCAGUAGAUAAACCACAAAAUGAAAUG